AUGUCGCCUAAAAACGACUUUUUCCCCUUCAUGAUUGUGAUAUUAGCGUUUGUCGGGCUGACACUUAUCGGCGUGCUUGCAAUUGUCCUGUAUCGCACAUGCUUGAAGCACAAGCUUGUGAAGACAUCGGUCCAUGCUUCAAAGAACUCGUCGAGCGAAAAGUUUGGGCACAUGCGUCCUGCUGAGAUUCGUCAACCGCCCAAAGUGUAUCCAGUCAUGUCUAGUGUGCCGCGCGGUACCCGGGCACGGUACUCUCCUCAGUUCGAUGCGCCUCAAUACUCUUUCUUGGACAUGAACGAUGACAGCUUAGUCACGCCAGGUGUAUCCAACUCUGAUGCGCUUAAUGGCCACGAAAAGUCUGAUGGAUUCAGUCUCAAUGAUGGUGAAUCUGCAUUUUCUAUCGAUGUGAAAGAUUCGAAUGAUGCUCAAAGUUUGCGGCAAUGCGACUUGUCAAAACCUUGCGUGACUCACGGAUCUCCUGAAUGGGUCAUUCAAGCUUAUGAGGAGAUUCCAGAGGACGAGCGACAGAGUCGUUAA